AUGAAAGACUCGAUACACUCUUCCCAAUCUUCGUCAUCGACUACUACAUCAAUUGACAAAGAUGUAAAGAAGAAUGACAUAAUAAACAAAAACAACCUGUUAAGCAAAGAAUUAGAAGACAUUCCGACUCAACAAAUUGAGUCUAUAGAAACAACAAAAAAGAAAAAGAAAGAAAAAGGAGAAUCAGUACCUAUUUACAAACUUUUUCGAUUUGCUACUCCUUUGGAAUUACUCGGUGUCAUUAUUGCCGCUGUUCUCUCUGCAGCAAGUGGUUCUCUUCAACCUGCAAGUAUUAUUAUUCUUGGUAAAUUCAUGGGCACUAUUUCGUACGCAAUGGCAUCUGGAAACAUCAGCACGCUUGCGAAUGAUGCUCAUCCGUUAGUGCUUGCCUUUGUCUAUAUGGGCACAGGUGUUCUUGUGGGUUCUUAUUUCUCUCAAUGUCUGUGGAUCUUGACAGGCGAAUACCAGGUGCGUCGUAUUCGCAAUCUCUAUGUGCACUCAAUUCUUCGUCAAGAAAUGGGUUGGUUUGACAAGGCAGAGGAAGGCUCAUUAACUACCCGGUUAGUGACUGACACACAAUUGAUUCAAGAUGGUAUCUCAGAAAAACUCGGUAAUUUUGUAUUGUGUGUUGGCCAAUUUGUUGCAGGUGUUGUGAUUGCCUUUGCGACUGGAUGGAGACUUGCUGUUGUUAUGCUGGCUGCUAUGCCUGUCUUGGGUGCUGCUAGUGUGGCCAUGGGUCAUUUCAUUACAAAAUACACACUGAAAGCACAAAACUCAUAUGCCGAUGCCGGUUCAGUAGCUGAACAAGUUUUUUCUGGUAUCCGCACUGUCUAUUCUUUUUCUCUUCAGAACCGAUUUGCUAUCUUGUAUGAAACCCAGUUAAUAAAGGCCAUGCAUACAGGUGUCAAAAAGGGUCUCGUCACUGGAUUGUGCUUUGGCGUGUUUAUGUUUACGCUAUUGUCCACCUAUGGUCUUUCGUUUUGGUAUGGUGCCAAAUUAACACGUGAUAAAUCGAUGGCAGGUCAGGAUGUGGUGGUUGCUUUCUUCUCUAUGAUCAUGGGCGCCAUGGCUUUUUUGGAACUACCUCAUAAUCUUGCUGCUGUCUCUGCUGCCUGUGGUGCUGCCUUUAAAAUCUAUGCUGUGAUUGACCGUGUACCUACGAUCGACGUCGAUAGAAAAGAUGGCCUUAUGUCUGACAAAAUCCUGGGAGAAAUCGAGUUUAAGGACGUCAAGUUUAACUAUCCCACUCGACCAGAUAUCACCAUCUUAAAGAACCUCAAUUUAAAAAUCAAGCCUGGCAUGACCAUCGCUUUUGUGGGUCCAUCUGGCUCUGGAAAAUCAACCAGUGUCCAACUGUUGCAACGCUUUUAUGAUCCUUUAGAAGGUUCCGUCCUUCUUGACGGUAAAGACCUCAAGGAAUACAAUGUCGCUUGGUUAAGAAGCAAGAUCGGUGUUGUUUCUCAAGAGCCUGUCUUAUUCAAUAUGACAAUCAAACAAAACUUGUUGAUGGGUGUCACUGAACAAGUCUCGAAUGAAGAUAUUGUGGCUGCCUGUAAAAAAGCCAAUUGUCAUUCUUUUAUCUCUCAAUUACCCAAUGGUUAUGAAAGUCUUGUCGGCGAACAUGGUGGGAUGCUCUCGGGUGGCCAAAAACAACGUAUUGCUAUUGCCCGUGCUAUUCUGAAGAACCCUACAAUUCUUUUAUUGGAUGAAGCCACUUCUGCUUUAGAUACUCAGUCAGAACGUUUAGUACAAGCUGCUUUGGAUGCUGCUGCUGCUGAUCGUACUACCAUUGUCAUUGCUCACCGCCUUUCUACCAUUCGAAAUGCAGAUCUUAUUGUUGUCAUGCAAGCUGGUGAUCUUGUGGAACAAGGUACCCAUACGGAUCUUCUCAAGCUUGAUGGUAUCUAUGCUGACUUAGUCAGAAAGCAAGAAAUUGCCACCAAACAAGCCGACCAUGAAGUAGAACAACUUGAUUCUGAAGAACUUUUAAAGUGUGAACAACAAGCAUUGAUGACUGAAAAACAGCAUAAGGAAGAUGAAUCUGUAAAUGAGAAAGAAAUGACGAUCAACUUGUUUAAAUCGACCAGUCGUGCUUCAAUCGAUGCGCAUGCAUUGAAACUUCACAAAGAAAAGCAAGACCGCAAGAACAUAAAAGACAAGCGCGUGCCCCUUGGCAAAGUUUUGAAGCAUAUGCGUCCUGAAUGGCCCUAUAUUUUUCUUGGUGUGGUAGGUGCCGCUGUAGCAGGUACUGCUUUCCCUUUGUUUGGUUUUAUCUUUGGUCGUGUGGUUAACUUACUUGUGAUUCCUAGUCCUGAUGCACCUGGACCUAUGGACGGUACCAAUCUCUAUUCAUUCUUGUUCUUUGUGAUUGGUAUUGCUACAUUUUUUGGAUUCGCUACUCAAGUAGCCGCCUUUGAAAUUGCUGGUGAGCGAUAUACAAGACGCCUUCGUGCAAGUAUCUUUCGUGCUAUGAUGAAACAAGAAAUUGGCUUUUUUGAUGAAAAAGACAAUUCUCUCGGUGCACUGACGGCCAAACUCGCCAUUGACUCUAAAAACGUAAAUGAAUUAGUGACCAAGACAUGGGGAGACAUCACUCAGAUCAUUGUUACUGCUGUCACAGGUCUGACCAUUGCCUUUUAUCAUACUUGGCUGCUGACCUUGAUCAUUCUUUCUGUGACACCCUUUGUUGCUGGCGCUGGUUAUUAUCAGUCCAAGAUUGAUGAAGGUUUUGUAGACAAGAGCAAAAAAGCCAAUGAACAAAGUGGAGAAGUCGCUGCUGAAGCCAUCAAAGAAAUUCGUACUGUUGCUGGUCUCAACAAACAAGACUAUUUCGAAAACAAAUACUACCAUGCUACUGAACAUCCUCAUCGCCUUGCUCAACGAAAGGCUUAUUUGUCAUCCAUUGGUUUUGCGCUUAACAAGGGCAUUGUUCGUUUUGCUAAUGCCAUUGGUUUUUAUGCUGGUGUUCAAUUGAUUUUGUAUCAUGGUCUUUCAUUUGAACGCAUGUAUGUAUGUAUGAUGGCCAUCUUGAUCACGGCAGAAGGAGUGGGUCGAUCAAGUACGUUUGUGUCUACGUUUGCAAAAGCCAAGUAUUCCGCCAUUGCUGCUUUUGAGAUGCUUGAACGUCAACCCUCGAUUGAUCCUGAACUUGAAGGCAUUGAGCCCAAUCGUUCUCAAAUUCGAGGUGAUAUUGAUUUCAAUGACAUUACAUUUCGUUACCCUGCUCGUCCUGAUAUGGCCGUCUUUGAUGGUGCAUUUAAUUUGCAUGGUAAAGCAGGCCAAAAUAUUGCUCUUGUGGGUCCUUCAGGUUGUGGCAAGUCAACAACGAUUGGUAUGUUACAACGCUGGUAUGAUUGCGCUUCUGGCAGCGUCUGCUUUGAUGAUACCAAUGUCAAGAACUAUACCUUGGGCAAUUUACGAUCGCACCAAGCCCUUGUUUCUCAAGAACCUGUGUUGUUUGAUCUCACGAUUGCUGAAAACAUUCGGUUUGGUGUAGAUGAAGACAAGGACAUCAGUCAACAAGAUAUCGAAGAUGCUUGUAAGGCUGCAAAUAUCCAUUUGUUUAUCUCUGGUCUUCCCGAUGGAUACAAUACGCGUGUAGGUGAUAAAGGCUCUCAAUUAUCAGGUGGUCAAAAGCAACGUAUUGCCAUUGCUCGUGCCUUGAUCCGUAAACCUAAGCUCUUGUUGUUGGAUGAAGCUACUUCUGCUCUUGAUAGUGAAAGUGAAAAAUUAGUGCAAGCUGCGAUUGACAAUGUGCUUGAGGAAGGUGGUCGUACAACCAUUACUAUUGCUCAUCGUCUGUCUACUAUUCAAAAUGCUGACUUGAUUUGUGUUGUAAAAGAUGGCCGUGUGAUAGAACAAGGCACACAUUGGGAACUUUUGAGACUGAAUAACGUAUACAGUGAAUUGGUUCAUCAACAAUCACUUAAUGUACACUAA